CUGUACUUGGCUCACCAGUCAGCUGUCAUACCAUGUUGUGGCGAGCUACGGAGCCCCUUCCGUGAUAGGAUGGAGCCUUGGCCCCUGGAGUGCAGCGUGUUCUUUUCAAACUUGUCGUACGACACCACUGCUGGAUAUUUGCGCCGCUUUUUCUCCAAAGUCGGCGAAGUCCAGUACGUAGAGCUGUAUGAAACGUCACGUGGCACUUCCAUUGGUGCAGGGGUGGUAACAUUCUUGACGCCGGAAGGCGCAAGCCGAGCUGUUACAGAGUUGGACGGGACUGAAGUGGAUGGCCGACCCAUCUUGGUAAAACCAAACGAGCGCCAUUCGCGCAAAGGCGGUGGGAAAGGUCUCCGAGAAGCCCGCAUCUUCUGGGACGGUGUUCCGUAUUCCACCAACGAGGGAUUCUUGCGCAGGUCUUUCGAGCGGUUUGGGGACAUCAUUGAUUUCGAUUUCUGGAGAAGAAAAGACGGGCGUUCUCACGGCAUGGGCACGUGUACCUACAGCCGAGUGGCCGAGGCAGAAGCAGCCAUUGAGAGCCUCAAUGGCAGUACCAUAGACGGGAGAAGUAUUCUAGUGCGGAAGGAUGAGAAAAGACCUGGGCCUGGACCCAAACCGGCGGAAGAGGAAGAAGUCCUGCGACCGGCCCGAAGCCGCGGCAAAGGCAAUGAGGACGAACCUGGAGAUGGCACCAAAGUGUUUUGGAGUGGUGUCCCAAUUGGCACCACGGAGGGCUUUUUGCGCAGUCAGUUUGAGAGAGUGGGGACAAUUGUAGACUUCGACUUCUGGCGAAACCAGGAUGGCAGCUCCCUGGGAAAGGGAACUUGCAGAUUCGACCACUUUCGAGGGGCUCAGCGGGCGCUGCAGCGCCUCCACGGCUAUUCCAUCGACGGUGGCAUCAUGAUGCUAAAAGAAGACGAGGGAGGCAACAAAGGCCCUCCUGUGGCCAAGGGUAAGAGCAAAGGCAAAGGCAAGGGAAAGCAGUGGCGAAAGUCGGAGGAGGCUUCGAAUGUAAAUGCCUCGUAUGCCGCAUGGAAUGUGGGUCCAGCGCUGGACAUCUGGCAGAGCCUCUGCGGGCCUUUGCAGCAGCUGCCCGGCAAGCUGUUGAGGCGAUCGGUGGCCCAGACGAGUGCGUGUGGCGCAUGUAGUGACCUCCGCUACAUUCCGCUACACUGCCACGCCAUGUCGCCUUUGGAUUGGGCCAGCUUGGGGGUGGUCGCCUGCCGCGAUGGGACGUCGGCGAUGAUGGACGCAGCUGGAAUCCAUGGCAUCUGCAAAGCGCGCCUCCUAGCAGGAGACCAUAUCUAUGCAUGGAAGCUGGGUUGGACGUACAAUCUUCACGGCAUAGUUGUCCACACCCAGCCUUGCUCCAAAGACUGCGUCCACGACACCCUGAACUGCUGCGCUGUGGUACGCUUCAAGCCACCAGCAGCCGAGCCAGGCCGAAUCGAAGUGUGCUCUCUGGCUGCUUUCGCCCAAGGCAGAGAAGUUCACAGAUGCCAGUAUGGCAGUUCGCAUGGCCAGUUCUUGCUCUACAGAUCGGGGACCUGCUCGACCCAAGCGGAAGAUCCAAGGCCUCUUACGGUCUUACGGGCACUCAGCGUGGUCGCAUUAGGUGAAGAUGGUGGCAACGAGGUGGAGUACAACCUCCUCGUGAAAAACAGUGAGCUGCUCGCUCGCUGGUGCAAGUUGGGGGAAGCUUCUGGAGUUCGCCGAUUUCUCUCGGCAGAGACUGCGCGAUCCCUCCAGACGUCCCACGGCCGAUUCAUUAGGCUGGGGCUCGCGGCCACUGUGGCUACCGCCGGCACCACGGUCAUAGCCAAGAGUGCACUGAGCACCGGGGCGGGAGCAGCAGCCUUGGCUGACGCAGCUGUGAUCGGGUCCAGCACGGCGCUGAGCUUGAGAAGUGCAUUUCGCCAGCUGGCCGUCGACGCGCUGCGGACACCAACCCGGGCGCAAGAAACGCUGAGACUGGCGAGGGGUGCUGCACAACGAACAGGACUCGCACAGACUCUGUUCCCAUCUGUGCAGGGCCUCGGGCCUGAAGAGCAUUUCGAAGUCCAGCGUCAUGUGCUGGGAUCCUUCGUGAAUGCCUGGCUUUCAGAGCUGCCGGCAUCAACACCUGCAGGGCUUCAUCUGGACUCGGCGGUGAGCUACCGGAACCUGACCGAAAUCCUGGUGGAUGUGCUGGAAGCUGGAAGCCCACGCGAUACGCAGCAGUGUGCCGAGCUCGUCCAGAUCUUCUUCGACACAUUCAAUCAAGAGGCAGCUCGUGGCCAUGCAGGUCACCAGACUUGGGAAGAGAUCGUUCAGGCCGCAUUAUCCUGGAAGGAUGUGGCAGACUCCGAGCUCUUCAUUGCUGUGCAUGUGUUCUCGAUGCUUUCCUGGGCGCCAAUGUGCGCCUUCCGUGCGUGCCAUUCGGUCACCGCAAACGCGUUCGAACUCUGGGCUGGCCAGCCGCAGCAACAUGUUGCCCUCAGCUGGGUUCGUGUACCCAUAAAUCGGCAGAGCGACUGCCUGCGUUUCUUGGGUCAGCACUGUCGCAACGCUCGACAGCUGACCAUCUGUGACACCACUCGCUUCGGUGAACGGCAAUUGCUCCGACUGGUCUGCGGGAUGCGUUUGUUGGAGUCUUUGGAGGUGGAUGCAUCCUCCUUCGGAGGAGAUUUCCCAGAACCGCAGAGGCUCUUGGACAGAUUGGCCAAGUAUUGCCCUCGCCUGCAGCACUUGGCACUCAGCUUCCGACCCGAGAAUCCUUCCUGCCGCACCUCCUUGGAGUUGCGAGCCUUGGCCUGGCUGGGGCGGCGUCUGCUCACUCUGGACUUGGGGGCGGUCGCGAUUCGGGUUUGGGGCGGCACUCGCACGAUCGCUGCGUGCUGCCCGCUGUUGCAGCGCCUUUGUGCGCAGCUGUGUCAGCAGUCUGAUCCACGAGACGCCGUAGAUCCUGUCGACAUAGCCCGCGGUUGCAGCGACAUCCAGGACUUGGAUCUUGCUCCCGUAGACUGGGGAAACAAAAUCGUGGAGGACUUUACGACGCAGGCACCGGGAUUGAGACGACUGGUUCUCCGUCAUGUUGCGCUUGACGCGACAGCAGCUCUCUUGGCUCCUUUAGUGGCACUUGGCAGAGCCAGUCAGGUGGGUGGCCUUGUCAACCUCCAUCUGGCACUGCAUGCCAGAUCGGAUACCGGCAGAGCCUUGUUCUGGCUGGAGGCGAUCUCGAAAUUGAAGCAGUUGAGAUCCCUCUGCCUGGAUUAUGCUGCGCCCCUCACCCUCAAGGACAUUUUGACCUCGCUGACGUCGUCUAGUGAUGGUCACUGCAGCUUGAUGUCCUUGACAGUGCACGGCUGCCAUGGAGUCGACGAUGAUGCGCUGAAGCAUCUUGCGGCCCGCGCUCCGAAGCGCCUCGCUUUUUAUUGGCUGUCUCAUUUCAGAGCUCUAGACGAGUUGCUAGCAGCGUGGGCUCAGGUGCGCCUCUUCCCGGAUUCGUGGCGGCAGGUUGGCAGUGUCACCUACGGACUGCGCGUUCUCGUGGAGCAGCUCGCGCUCCGGAGCUUGGCACUCAGCUCGCUGUCGCCCCUUGACGGGAACCAGGAUGAGGGCCAAAGGCCAUAG